AUGACUGUACAGGUUACAAAUCUGUUACCGAGGUCUCGAUUGGGGCCCGGUAACCUGGCAGUUGCCCGGUGGGGGCCGGGCAUGCACCGAUCUGAUGGCGGCUUCCUGCUCAAAAAAUUGAGAGGAUUCCGAUGGUCCAACUCCCGACUUCUCAACUCGAAAAAUGAGGGAGUUGGGCCUCAAUGCCUGGAAGACUGUCGCUGUACACGGCCAGAUACAGGACGAAGAGGCACAAAAAAGAGCUCGCGACCGCAAGCUUUAUGGGAACUGCUGUACGCUGACCCCAUGGUCAUCGACGAUGAUUCCUCUUCCAACUCCAGACCAGAAUCUAUUCCUUUUGGCCCCACCACCGAGUGGGGAAACACCCAGCUGGCCGCUCCUCCAGUCAACGCCGCCAAUCCCAACCCGUCGGCUCGAGACAUGAUGGAGUUUGAUUAUAAUACGAUUCAAAAUCGUCUCGUCGGUGCCAAUCCAUAUCCAUUUUGCACACAAGUUUACCGCAAGGAAGACCUCCUCUUCUUAUUCCAAAACGUCGCCAACAACUUCAUCCACUUAUCCAAUAAGUAUCCUGCAUCCACACUUGGCGAGAUUGAUAUCGCUGAGAUUCUUGAAGAAGUAGAGUCAAAUCUUUUAAGAAUUGCGGCUAUCUUUGCUGCGGCUGAGGUCGCGGCUAGGAGUGCGGAUACUAGAAAACUCAACAUUAACUGA